AUGGCGGAUGGCGCCGAAGACCAACUCCGGCCUGUGACGUCCAAAGCCCGCGGAAUCUGCAGAUACUAUAAUACACCUCGGGGAUGUUAUGCCGGCGAUCGCUGCAGAUUCCUCCACGGCGCCACAGAACGCCUAACUCCUUACGAUAAGAACAAGGUCUGCAGGUAUCACCUGAACGGAUAUUGCAAGCAUGGGGAGAAGUGCUGGUUCAAGCAUGCCGAUCCGAGCAAGACAGACUUGGGCACAGAAGAACCCUCGGAUAACGACUUGUGUGCGAUCUGUUACGACAAGCCGGUAACAUACGGGCUACUUCUCGGAUGUAGCCAUGUAUUCUGCAUCUCAUGCAUCAAGAGUUGGCGCGGUGCCGGAGAGAAGUCCUCCGACAUCGUAGAAGCUGGAACCACAAAGACAUGUCCGAUGUGCCGUACGCCUUCCCGGUUUGUGACGCCCUCGACGAUCUUUGUUCCAGAAGGCGACUGCAGGAAGUCCGAGAUCAUUGAGGGGUAUAAGGCCAGCAUGUCACGCGUGAAGUGCAAGUAUUUCGAGAAGUCGCCUGUCAUCAAGCGGUUCUGCCCAUUCGGAGACGAUUGCUUCUAUUUGCACGAAGGCUUGGACGGCAAGGCCCAUAAGUUCAAUUACCGCGUGGAAGACAUGCAAGAGGUAUCUAUAAUGAGCGUAUCUGUUGUUUUCGCUCUUAACCUAAUGAACAGCGGCUACGUAUUCGAAGGGAAGACCACGCCUUCAACGCAUGGGGUCCCAGCAUAG